AUGGAGAAUGUGAACACUGAUUUUUGUGCUGCACUAGAGUUAGAACAGGAACAAACACCCACACGGGUCUCUUCUUCUUCUUCUUCUGUUAUGGCUUCAGCAAGAGAAGGUGGAGGGUGGAGAUCCAUUAAAUACAUAAUUGGAAAUGAGUCUUUCGAAAAAUUGGCUUCCAUGAGUUUGAUAUCAAAUCUCACCCUCUACUUGCUCACAAAUUACAACUUGAGCGGCAUGUAUGUAGUGAAUGUGGUGCAAAUUUGGAAUGGUUCCUCCAACCUCUUCUCAAUAAUUGGAGCUUUUAUUUCUGACACUUACUUGGGAAGAUUUCGAACCCUUCUCUAUGGCUGUAUACAUCAACUGAGGCCUCAUCCAUGCGAAGACAACUCUCAUUGUCCAUCUCCACAUUCCUGGCAGCUAGCAAUCCUCUUGUCAGGUCUUGGACUGUUAUCCAUAGGAGCUGGUGGCAUUAGGCCGUGCAACAUUGCUUUUGGUGCAGAUCAAUUUGACUCAAAAACAGAGAAGGGUAGGGUACAACUUGAGAGCUUUUUCAACUGGUGGUACUUCACUUUCACCAUUGCACUUGUUAUAGCACUCACUGUUGUUGUCUACAUUCAGACCAAUGUAAGUUGGACUCUAGGAUUUGCUAUUCCAUCUUGUUGCCUUGCUUUCUCAAUAACUAUCUUCAUACUUGGCCGUCACACUUACAUUUGCAAGAAGCCUCAGGGGAGCAUCUUCUUAGACAUGGCUAAAGUCAUUGUAGCAGCCUUUAGAAAACGUAACAUACAAUCUUCUGGUAGAACCAUUUAUAAUCCUGCUUCCACAUGGGAGGAAAUAGAGUUGGAGGAUAAAAAGAUUGUUCAGAUAAAUAAGUUCAAAUUCCUCGAUAAGGCUACCGUAAUAGUUGAUCCUAGUGAGUUGAAUGACCAAGGUAUGGCUAGGAACGAUUGGAGACUUUGUAGCUUGCAACAAGUAGAACAUUUAAAAUGCUUGUUGGGAAUUCUACCAGUGUGGGUAACAGGAAUUUGUUGUUUCAUUGUGAUGGACCAACAAAACACUUUUGGGGUGCUUCAAGUUGUUCAAACCAAUAGAUCCAUUGGACUUCAUUUUAAGGUCCCACCUGGAUGGAUGAAUUUGACACCAAUGAUAGCACUUGCAUUCUGGAUAUGCAUUUAUGAGUGUGUCUACAUUCCCCUAAUGAGAAGGAUUAGUAAAAAGACUCCAAGAUUGGACAUAAGACAAAGAAUUAGAAUUGGGAUUUUGUUUUCCAUCAUAUGCAUGUUGGUAGCAGCAUUAGUAGAAAAGAAGCGUCGUGACUUAGCUUUGAAACAUGGUUUGUAUAUUUCACCACUAAGCUUCGCAUUCUUGCUACCUCAGUUUGCACUAUCGGGUCUUAAUGAGGCCUUUGCUGUUGUUGCUAUAAUGGAAUUCUUUACCUUGCAAAUGCCAGAGAGCAUGAGGACGGUUGCUGGAGCAAUCUUCUUUUUCAGUUUGUCUAUUUCAAACUAUUUAGGAUCCUUGAUUGUUAAUAUUGUCCAUAAAAUAACAUCACACAAUGGAAGAACACCAUGGAUAGGGGGUCAUGAUUUAAACCAAAAUAGGCUUGACUACUACUAUUAUGUUAUUGUUGCAAUGGGAGUUUUGAAUUUUACCUACUUCAAUUUUUUUGCCUGUUAUUAUUGUGACAAGGACAAUGGAAAAACAGAGAUACCACCUGAGCAUUCGAGUGUUUUGGGAGAAUCAUCUGGAACAAAUGAUGAGGAGAAGGUAUUGGUACAAUAG